CGCACCGAAACGAAGGCUCUAACGCCGCACCGCCGACAUGCCGUUCGCGCAACGGCACGUGGAACCUCGCCUCGUGAGCCGAGUGCGACUUUUCGACGACGAAGGUCACCCGAAGGUCACCGAUGGCGAGUUGGAAGCCGUCACGAACGGCACCCUUUGCAACGCCCUCCGGCAGUUGGCCUCCUUGGUCGCCGCUGCCGACUCUAUUUUCGACGAGUUGGCCGAUGAGUUGAAGCGGGUGCACGGGAGGUCGCAGGAGGUGAAGCGGAGGAUCGAUCAGCUGCAGCCCAAGGUCGACAGGGUCGAUCCCAAGGCGGUCGCAGUUCGUAAGUAUCUUCGUGAGUGGGAGUUUAAUAUCGGACGUAGCCAGAUACCACACACCAGACAUCAGAUACAAGACACCACAUACGAGAUACCAGAUACCAGAUACCAGACACCAGAUACCAGAUACCAGAUACCAGACACCAGAUACCAGACACCAGAUACCAGACACCAGAUACCAGAUAACAGACACCAGAUAUCAGAUAUCAGAUACCAGAUACUAGACACCAGAUACCAGAUACCAGAUCCACAUACCAGAUACCAGAUACCAGACACCAGACACCAGAUACCAGACACCAGACACCAGGCACCAGAUACCAGACACCAGACACCAGAUACCAGACACCAGAUAGCAGAUACCAAAAACGAGAUACCAGAUACCAAAUAA